AUGUACGAGCCACAUCUGAUAGAUCAUGCCAGUGAACAGUCAAGGCCGAGACGUGAGAGUCAGUCUUUAUUGGAGGAACUGGAUAAAAUAGCUCCUAUAAAGAGCUUUGAUGCUUUUCCAAAGGUCCAAUCGACGUAUACUGUACAGUCGAGGAGGGGAGGCGUUUUGACUGCAGUGGUAGGAUUCAUAAUAUUCCUGUUGGUCCUGAACGACUUGGGAGAAUACCUUUACGGUGCACCGGACUAUUCCUUCCAUGUGGAUCAUGAGUUAGAGAAGGAUCUUCAGCUCAAUGUGGAUCUGACCGUAGCUAUGCCUUGCCAUUACCUUUCCAUCGAUUUGAGGGAUGCCGUCGGUGAUAGAUUACAUCUGAGCAAUUCCUUUGUCAAAGAUGGCACUCACUUCAACACGGCUGGAGCUACUUCGAUGAAACACGUAGCACCGACCGCUCAAUCAGCAUCGGAAAUCAUCUCCUCAUCGCGUCGACGUACACCAAAUCAAAAGAGGACUUUCACCGGGAUACAGCGAUUGUUGUUCUCACCUCCAUCGAGAAAAGGCGUCAAGAAGUCCCAAGCUGCUUAUAGACCGACUUACGAUAGUGUACCUGAUGGCCCGGCAUGUAGAAUAUACGGGAGUGUCGAGGUCAAGAAAGUUACGGCGAAUCUGCAUAUAACCACGCUUGGUCAUGGUUAUAUGAGCUUCGAGCAUACUGACCAUCAAUUGAUGAAUCUCUCCCACAUCGUUCACGAGUUCUCAUUCGGUCCGUUCUUCCCAGCCAUUUCGCAACCCCUCGAUAAGAGUUACGAAAUCGCCAAGGAGCCAUUCACCAUCUUCCAAUACUUUCUACGAGUAGUCCCCACCACGUACAUCGACGCAGCUCGACGUCGACUCGUCACUUCUCAAUACGCUGUGACCGACUAUUCUCGUUCAUUCGAACAUGGAAAAGGGGUUCCCGGUAUCUUCUUCAAAUACGACCUAGAAGCUAUGGCUCUGACCGUAAGAGAGAGAACGACAUCCUUGUAUCAAUUCUUGAUCAGACUGGUUGGAGUAAUAGGCGGUGUCUGGACAGUCGCGUCCUUCGGUCUGAGAGUAUUCAACAGGGCUCAGAAGGAGGUAUCGAAAGCGGUUGUAGGCAAAGAAAAGGAGUAUAUACCUUCGUCUCUGCCUUCUGGAUCACCGGCUUUCGAAAGAGCAGGAAGUGGUUAUUUCUCACGCGAUGAUCGCGGUAUGCUGCGAACUACCACUUGGGGAGGUAGUCCCGGUGGUACCGAGUGGAAAGGUAGAUAG